AUGGCAGUGCUGAGCAGAAGACCGCUUGUCCGUUUGGCGAAGGCGAAGGGGGUUUGGGCGCGCCGGAAUGGCGGCGGGAAGAGGAGGUUCGCGCAGCUGGUGGGGGGAGGCGGCCAACAGGGGGGAGGCGACUACCCUGCUAGUGGCUUCGAACGGGGAGACCCCCCUGCUAGUGGCUUCGAACGGGGAGACCCCCCCGCUAGUAGCUUCAAACAACGCGAGCACACAAAAAUGAGCGACUUCCACUACUUCAAUAUUUACCUCCUUGGAGGCAGCGACUUCGUCAAACUAACAUCAUUUUACAGUUUUUGCGAAAAUAAAAACAUGUACGCGUGCAUACUGCUCCACCUGAGCACUGUGUAUGAGUCUAUCCCAGUUAGGGAUAUCAUGAAGGUGUUAAAGAAUAUCCUUCAGCAGAACAAGGCAUCCUUUUCACAUCCCUUGGUCAAGGGAAAGAGAAUCACACACCUAUAUAAGCAUAUGUGUCAGCAUCUGGAUAAAUUAAAUACAGCAGAAGUGAUUAGCUUGCUGACAUGUGCUUGUUACACGACAAAGGCCUUUCCUGUGGAAUCUGUUCGAAUGCUAUGUAGAGUGAUCCUUGCGAAACCCUUGGGGUGCUUCCACCCUACACAGAUACACGAGAUCUGCUCCUGCUUAAUAAAAAUGAAGACUGAAUUUUCCUUGAGGAAGCUCCCUUAUGACGAUGCACUGCAUGUUAAGAUGCGCGAGCAUCAUGCGUUGAGCUUGGACACGAAAUACGUAGUUCGUUUUUGGAGGAAGUGUCACAGUUUGCGAUUUGAAAAAGGGGGACGGAGGGGUGAUAUGGAUGGGGCGAAGCGAACAGUAUCCUCGGAUGAAACGCUUAGGUUUAGGAGCACAAGGGGGGGAGUUAUUACCACCCUUGGUGAGGACCACCCCAUGGAUUACCCGGUUACACUUAAAACAGGUGAAGUUCUAUCGGAGGAGAGACCCCACUUAGGGGGAACCACCACCCAAGGGGAAGGAGAAGAAGAAGAAGGUAGCAAUGUGUUAUUGAGCUUUAUUAACAGCAAAGUUUAUCACAUGACACCUCCUCAGUUAAGUCGAGUUACCUACGGUUUGUACAGCUUUGUGGAAAAUAUGAAGCAAUACUCCCAGCUGAGCAGCUUGAGGAACAACAUGAAUUUCUUAUUUUCGAUGGCUGUGCAGUAUGUGUUGAAUUACUUAGACAGGGGGGCUCUACACCAGGAUGAGAUUCCCCCAAGUAGUGACUCCAUCCGCAAAAAAGCUACUGCUGAUGUGGUACUCUCAUCGGAAGGAGAUCACUCCAGCUAUAUUAGUAUGAAUACGGAUUAUCUGUACAUUUCUUCGUCCGGCGUGCACAUACGCAGGGGGGACCGGGGCGGGGUGGAUCUCCCGUCAGAUAACUGCGCUGGGGAUGGUCUCCCCACAAAGGGCUGCCCCCCAAAAGGCUGCCCCCCAAAAGGCUGCCCCCCAAGUGGCUCCUCCCCCCGGAGAGGCAACCUCACCCACGCGUGCGACAUCCUGCUGAACAUUAGCUACCUGAACACGAGCCAGAACCACCGAAAAAUCAAGGACGCCUACGAUUGUGUAAAAAAAAUCAUCACACAGGAGGCAGAGGAGGAGGAAGAAGAAGACCACUCCUCAGUGGAAUUGGACAACCUGUUGUCUCUCCUACUCUCCAUGUCCAAUUUUUAUCAUCGAACUAGAGACAAUUAUGUGUUCCAUUCGUACAAGCAGAUCUUACACAUGCUGGAAAGGAAGAAGCUCAAAUUUAAUACAAACCAUUUUAAUAAAAUCUCCAUAGCUAUUACUCCGUUACUACAGGAGAAGAAUAACUUAAUUGCAGGCUAUGCUCAUCUGAUUUGCUUCUUUAUCGAGAAUGAGGUGGUUCCUUUGAGGUCAUGUGUGUUUACACUGCAGCAUAUAAUGAAAAAAAUUUGUGUAAAGUUAAGCGAUCCGCUGGUGACGCUUCUGCUGGUGAUCAUCCGCCGCAUCGAUAGGUUCCUUUGCGAUGUACGUGCGCACAUUGCGCGAAGCGGCGUUGACGACGGCGGUGACCAAGACAGCCGUGACGACCUUCACGAUAGUGACAGCCCAGACAGUAGUGCUAAUCGCGAUGCGCACAGGCGAUUCCUCCUGCUGCACUCAAUCAACGAAAGCACGCUCACCUGUGUCCUCGUCAGCCUGUCACUCAUUCUGCAAAAUGCCAAAUACGGCACUGGGGCGAGGGACGAAGCCGCGGCGCUUCUACGCAGAAUGGUCUCCUACGUAUCCACAGGUUCGUUGGAGAAAAUCCCGAAGAAAUAUAUUCACGCGGGACUAUUGGACGCACUUCCCCCAGAUGAUAACAGAGUUAAGAAGGUUCUCCUAAGCAGGGCGUAG